GCCAAUCAUCGGCCGGUAUACACAGACAAGCGGGGAGAACGCUGUGAAGCUGCGGGCACGUCCAUCUUUCUUGAAGGCAAGAAGGUUUCCUAGACUUCCCAAUUCCACGGGAAGAAAAAAAGGGGAAAGAAGAAGAAGAAGAAAAAAAUCUCCCGUAGCGGCCAUUGAAUUUAAGGGCAGACGGGAGGCUGAGACAAAAGAAGCCAUAUUUGAUAUUCUCAGACACCAGCCCCUGAACUACAAGCAGUGGCACUUGAAGCCAGGUGGUCGCCAUCUUUUCUGAAGGCGCCUUCCGGGCCCUUUCACGGGGGGUCUCAGUCCUAACGGCCAUGAAAACAUCAAGGGAUUUUAUUUGUCCCCAUCAGCUCUCCCGCGUCCCUAGCUGCCAGUCCUGGACUUCGGUUCGCCUCGCCGGCAGCGUUCCGUUACCGAGGCUGGGCGGAGCCUGGGCCCGGGCCGCCCUUCCCGAGGACGGCGACAGCUGAGGCCGGGAGCAGGGGGCGGUGGUCCCGGGGACCAGGCGGCCUCUGCCCGGGGCCCGGAGCCCCGAUGGCGCCGCCUCCGGCCCCGCUGCUGGCUCUGGGACCCGGGGAGCUGCCGCCGGGUUGCAGGAAGCCCGGGGCCGUGAGCUUCGCGGACGUGGCCGUGUACUUCUCCCCCGAGGAGUGGGGGUGUCUGCGCCCCGCACAGAGGGCCCUGUACCGGGACGUGAUGCGGGAGACCUACGGCCACCUGGGCGCGCUCGGACUCCCUGGUCCCAAACCAGCUCUCAUUUCUUGGAUGGAAGGGGAGAGUGAGGCUUGGAACCCCGCCGCUCAGGAUCCUGAGGAGGGGGAAAACCUGGGAGGAGCUCUGCGAGGCGAUGCUCCAAACCAGAAGGAAGGGGAACCCAAGGGAAGGCCAGAAGCCGUGGGACCUGGGAAGGAGAAGCCCAAACCCCUGGUUAAACACAAACGUGACUCAGCUGUCAGCAAGGCCUCAGCCAGAGCACAGCGUAGGAAAGAAGCCCGGGACCAGGUCUCCACUGCGCAACCCCCUGUGGCAGUGCCCGGGGUGGAUGCCCAGGCCUGCCAGCGGCGCCAUGUGUGUACUGACUGUGGCCGCCGCUUUACCUACCCUUCGCUGCUGGUCAGCCACCGGCGCAUGCACUCUGGCGAGCGGCCUUUCCCCUGCCCCGAGUGCGGCAUGCGCUUCAAGAGAAAGUUCGCCGUGGAGGCACACCAGUGGAUCCACCGCUCCUGCUCCGGGGGCCGGCGGGGUCGUAGGCCUGGAAUCCGGGCUGUGCCUCGGGCCCCCGUGCGUGGAGACCGGGAUCCACCUGUGCUCUUCCGACACUAUCCGGACAUCUUCGAGGAGUGCAGCUGAGCCUGAGGCAGGUUGGAGCCAAAGCCUGGCUUUGGCACCUAAGACUCACUGGGCCCAGAGGGGUGGCUCCCAGAGACAGGGACUUGGGAACUCAAGUUCAUUCUUUUGGGGAUCCCUCAGGGAUCUCUCAAGUUUCCAUAUUGUAAAAAGAAAAGUGCCUGUAAAGAUUCCAAUAGAUUAAACUUGACAUCCCCUUCUCUCCCCUAGUCUUUUGCUCUACACACACACAUCCCCACCCCACCCCCACACACCAACCCAACCCAGUAUAAUGGUGCACACUUAGGAUCCUAUCCCAGCACUGAGGCAGAGGAUCACCAGUUCCAGGCCAGGCUAGCUAGCUUACAUAGUGAAGACUCUGGCUGGGGUUGUAACUCAGUGAUAAAGUGUAACCUAUUCUUGGUUCCAUCUUUAGCACCACCAAAGAAAGGAAGAAAGGAGCAAAAAGGAAGGAAGGAAGGAAGGAAAGGAGGGAGGCAGGCAGGCAGGCAGGCAGGCAAGCAGAAAGGAAGAAGGGAAGGAAGGAAGGAAAGAAGGAAGGAAGGAAGGGAGAAAUACUGAACCUUUCCUUAGUAUUGCUCCAACAACAUAAGUCGCUGACACCUUUACAUUAUCGGGGUUGAAGAGCAUCCUCUUUGGAAAGAACAUCCACUCAGUCCUUAUCUAUUUCAGAAGUAAGCAAAGAGGGAAACCAGCUAUGGGGAGGGGCUCAGUCAGGGCAAAGUCCUGCCCUCACUACUUGUCACCAGCAGGAAGCUGGACAGCUUGUUGCAGAAAGUACACAUGCAAGGGACAACCCUGAGUCUCAUCCACUAACGGACUCCUGGUAAGUCACAAGGCUUCCCUGGGCCUCAGUUUCCUCACCUGUGAAAGGAAGAUGAUAAUAUCUACCUCAGAAGGUGCUGUGAUGUCUGAAAUGAUAAUAAUAUGUAUGACGUAGUAAAUGUUCAAUAAACAUCGUUGAAUGA